AUGCAUUUUCCAACAGCUACUACCGUCCUCGCGCUCGUAUUCCUACACACGCCCUCCACGCUCGCCCAAUGCGAAGCCCCCGUCCCCUGCCAGGACCCCGUCCUCAACGCGCUCCAAUCUUCCGACUGCCAAACCUACCACGCCUUCCUCGCGCGGGGCUCCGACUCCGGCUACCCAGGCCAUCUCGGCUCGCUCAUCCGCCUCGUGUGCGAAACGCUCACGGGCAAUCCGCACCCAGAUACGGAUCCCGAUGCGUCGGAUGUAUCGUGCGGAUAUGAGAAUAUUGUGUAUCCGGCGAACAGCACGUACGCGGGGCAGGAGAUGUGGUGUUUGAGCGCGGCGAAGGGGGCCAAUGCGGGCCAGCUGCAGAUGAAGGAGUACGCGGAGCGGUGUCCGCAGAGCAAGUUGAUUCUGCUGGGGUUCUCGCAGGGAGGGAGCGUCGCGUUGGAUGUGCUAGGUGGAGGCGGAGGCCCGGCGUUUGAGUGCGUGCAAGCUGAUAAUCCGGCUAUGGACCCGGAAACAUCACCGGGGUCGAAUAUUGUUGCAGCAGCCAUCUUCGGCGCCGUCCGCCGCACCGCCAACCAACCCUACACCGUCAAAGGCGGCAAGGACUACAACGGCACCGACCCACGCAACGGCACGCAACUCGACGGCCUCAACGCGUUCGCCGACAAGGGCCUCCUGCGCGAGUGGUGCAAUAUCGGGGAUCCGAUUUGUGCCGUGGGCAGCUCGCCCGUCGAUGUCGAGCAGCAUUUGAAUUACUUUAAGCUGUAUGAUCAGGAGGCGGCGCAGUGGCUGGUUAGGACGGCGACGGGUAACGAGACCGUGGUGGUUAGUGUGACAAGUAGUAGGGUGCCGACGAAGACGCCAACGGGGACUAAGACUGGGGCGGCGAGGGCGACUGCGACGGGGAGGGGAGGUGCGGAUGGGGGUGCGGACACGCAGGGGAAUCAGGUGCAGGAUAAGGAGGGAGGUGCAGGAGCGGUGGCGGCGAUGGGGUAUAUCGUCGUGGGUAUUGUUGGCAUGGUUGUAGCACUGUUGUAA